ACAGCUAUUAACUGUUACACCAACAUGCUGUAGCCACCAAAACAGCGCAAAGAAGGCCAACAUUAAGUUUAUAUUUUCAUAUUUAAGAAGAUCGGGCUGUGUAGAAUUGCAUACAAAGUUACAUGCCGUUUCCAGGAGAAGAUAAACGCGUUUCACCUUGACAUUUUCGCUCAAGGCUGGAGUGAUGCGGAGCUAAUCCAUCUAUCCGGGGUGAGACGAGGAGAAGAAGGCUCACGAAAACGCGCAAAGAAGGAUUAUCUUGGACCAAAACAAGCAUGAGGGCGCGUACAUUAUUGUCGGGACUAAAAGUUUGGAAUCUUGGAAAAAACACGUGGGUAAAUCGUCUUUCGAAUGGUGUAAGCUCAUCUGUCUCCACCCACGGGCCCCAGGUUUGUGUCGUGGGGAGUGGUCCGGCUGGCUUCUACACCGCACAGCAUCUGAUAAAGGCCCGCCCCGAUGUUCAAGUGGACAUUUAUGAGCAGCUUCCUGUUCCCUUUGGCCUAGUGCGCUUCGGAGUGGCCCCAGACCAUCCAGAAGUCAAGAACGUCAUCAACACAUUCACGCAGACGGCCAAACAGUCCCGAUGCGCUUUCUACGGCAACGUGAACGUGGGCAAGGACAUCAGCAUGGAGGAGCUGAGGCAGGCCUAUCACGCUGUAGUACUGAGUUAUGGCGCAGAGGGCAACAGGACUAUGGGAGUACCUGGGGAGCACCUAGAUGGAGUAUACUCGGCGAAGGACUUUGUGGGCUGGUACAACGGGUUACCCAGCUGUCGACAGCUUAGUCCAGACCUGAGCUGUGACACUGCAGUGAUCCUCGGACAGGGGAACGUCGCGCUGGACGUAGCACGCAUUCUGCUCGCUCCUGUUCAGAUGUUAAAGAAAACUGACAUCACAGCCCCAGCCCUGGAGGCCCUGGCUGAGAGUCGUGUGAGCAGAGUUCUGAUCGUGGGCAGGAGAGGGCCGCUGCAGGUGGCUUGUACUAUAAAGGAACUCAGAGAAAUGGUGAACCUGCCUGGGACCAAACCUGAGAUGGUGGCAGCUGAUUUUGAGGGCAUCGCUGAAGCACUUAAAGAUGUGGCGCGUCCGAGGAAGCGUCUGACCGAGCUGCUGUUGAAGACGGCCCUGGAGCCACCCGGGGAGAAGGAGCAGCAGAGGAGGAACUCAGCCCGCAGGAGCUGGGGCUUCCUCUUCUGCAGGAGUCCUCUGGAGGUGCUGCCAGACCCCAGUGGAACCAGGACUGCUGCUCUCAGACUGGCUGUCAACAAGCUGGAGGGCUCGGGAGAGGGGGCUCGGGCAGUGCUCACCACAGAGGAGGAAGUGGUGCCCUGUGGUCUGGUCAUCAGCAGCAUCGGCUACAAGAGUCUGCCCAUAGACCCGGCCGUGCCCUUUGACCCCAGCAAGGCCAUAAUCCCUAAUGAUAUGGGCCGGGUUACGCAGGCUCCAGGCCUGUACGUGAGCGGCUGGUUGAAGACUGGUCCCACUGGGGUCAUAGCCACCACCAUGAACAGCAGCUUCGACACGGCUCGCUCCCUGCUCGAGGACAUGGGCUCUGGAGCUCUGGACGUAUCCACACGCAAGCCUGGCUCCGACAGCAUCCAAGCACUGCUGGACCAAAGAGGGAUAAAACCAGUGACGUUUUCUGACUGGGAGAAGAUCGACCAGGUGGAGAGCCGGAGAGGAGAGGCCGUGGGGAAGCCCAGGGAGAAACUCCUGACCGUGGAGGAGAUGCUGGAGGUGUCACGGGCUUAAAUAAUACUACACACAAAGACGAAUACUUCUACAUGCUGCUUAUGUAAUGGUUAUGACUGAAAAUGGCACUGAAAUUUAAAAAGUUACUCUACGUUAGCGCUAUUUUUAUAUGGGAUAAUAAUAUGAGAAAAUACUUGAAUAGGGUUAGUGAUGUUUAUUGUAUUUUAUAUGUGGUAUGUAAUGUUUGUGCACUUAAUGUAUUAAUAAUGCCAAUCAAAGAAUUUUUACUUAUUAAAAUGUCUUAAAACACCGGUUGAGCUGUCGAUUUUUAUGUAUGUCACUAAUAAACGGGAACUAUGAA